AUGGAGCUCCGCCAUGCACCAUGGACGGGCCCCUGGAUCCUGUGCCUGCUGCCGGUGCUGGCAGGGGGGCAGCCGCUGUCUGCAGGUGAGGCAGCCUACGAGGAGCAGAUGGUAACAGGGGUACGGGGCCGGGCAGUGGAGCUGAGCUGCGGACCCCCAGCACGGGCCCCACCGGCCGUGGUCUUCUGGAGCUUCGUGGCGGGGGGCAUGGGGCCCCCGCGGGCUGUGGCCGUGGGCUCGGGCCGGGACGUGGUGCUGGCCCCCGGUACCGGUGCCCUGGGCCGGGUGUCACUGCGCAAUGGGACCCUGGAGCUGCGGGAGCUGCGAGCGGGUGCCCGGGGCCGCUUCCUGUGCCAGGGGCUGUUCCCGGAGCACAGCCGGCUCCGGGUGGGAUAUGGUGCUGUCCUGCUGCGUGUCCUGGUGCCCGUGUCCAAGCCCUUCAUCCGGCCGACGGCGGCAGCAGCGGCAGAGGGGACACCGGUGGCCCUGACGUGUGCCGUGCGGGAGGGGACGGAGCCGCUCAGCUUCUCCUGGCAGCACCGACAGCCACGGGGGGGACCCUCUGUGUCCCCUAUGGGGCUGGGGGGCUCCGGGGAGGAGCUGAGUCUGGUGCCUGCCAACCGCAGCCAUGCCGGGUGGUACAUCUGCACCGCACGCAACGAGGUCAACAACCGCACCAGCGAGCCUGUCUACCUGGACAUCGUCUACGGUCCCGAUGAGCCGGCCAUCAGUGUGGAGCCCUUCAGCCCGGAGCAGGGCAGCUUCUCUGCAGGGGAGCGUGAGGAUGUGGUGCUGAGCUGCCUGGCUCCAUCCAACCCUCCCAGCCGCUACGUCUGGCUCCACAACGGCUCCCAGGUCCAUGUUGGCCAGACCUACGUCCUCGCUGCCAUCACCCGCAGCCAGGCUGGCACCUACACCUGCCUGGCUGAGAACACCCAUCUCCAAACCCGCACCCAGGCCACCAUCGUCCUCACCGUCUACUAUCCACCAGCCGGGAGCCCAAGCUGCUCUGCACUGGCCACCGGGGACAUGCAGGACGUGGCGCUGCGAUGCCGCUGGCUGGGGGGGUUCCCCCCGGCACGGCUGCGCUGGGUGGGCCCCGAGGAGGAGGAGGAGGAAGAGCAGGGGGUGAUGGGGAGCAGCUUUUCCAUGGCCACCAGCAUCCAACCGGGGUCGGCCACCAGGAAUGGCAGCGCCUUCUCCUGCCUGGCCUCGCACCCUGCACUGCUGCAGGGGGCUGCCUGCGGGACCACCCUGUGGAUCCCGGCUGGUGGCCCCUCCUGCGCGGCAGCAGCCACCAAGGGGGAUGAGUUCGUGAUGCUGCGGUGCCAGUGGGAGGGGGGGACACCCCCCAUCACCCUGCGCUGGUGGGAUGGUGCAGGACAGGCGCUGGGUGACCCCGCACCAUCCACCACCGUUGUGGUGCUGAGCACCAGCAGCAGGCUGGGGGGGCAGGAUUACAUCUGCAUGGCCACACACCCGCUUCAGGCCACUGGCACCGAGUGCCGCCUGCGCCUGGACAUCCCCGAGCUGGAGGUGGCAAGGAGCGAGGUGGUGGUGCUGGAGGGCAGUGUGGUGCGGUUGGCAUGCCGGCAAGGUGGCACCGGCACCAACCUGGGUGCCAGCAUGGCCUGGUACAACCCAAAGGAGCAGGAGGUGACCACGGGGCUGGCCAAGUACCACUUGGAGCAGGGAGAAGCGUGGCUCAACCUCACCAUCCACGAUGCAGAGUGGCCGGGGGACAGUGGGAUCUACCGCUGCACCGCAGCCAAUGCCGUGGGCACCGCCAGCCUCCCCGUGCACCUCCGUGUGGAACGGUACCCUGCCCCCCCCAACGUCACCAUCAGCCGGCUGCGGUACACCAGGGCACGCACCGAGGUGCGGCUGGAGUGGAGGACACAGGGCACCGGGAAUCUCACCGGCUUCGUCGUGCAGCGACGUCCAACCAAGAGACCCCCCCGGCAGGCGGCCGGGCCCUGGGAAACAGCCGCCGGUGACAUCGAGCCCCACUCGCGUGACCGGCGCCUCGGGGGGCUGGACCCGGCUGUGGUCUAUGCCUUCCGCAUCCUGGCUGUCAACCACCGCACGGCCGGGCACCCCUCCGAGGUGCAGACGCCAGCUGAGCCCCCCUUUGAGGCCUACCCGGCGGUGACAGGGGCAGCGGUGGUGGGGAUGCUGGUGGCCACUGCAGCAUCACUGCUGGCCGUGCACUGCAUCGCCCGCCACCGGGACACCCUCCCAUGGCUGCACAACCUGCUCUUCCGCACGUGA